GACCUGGACACCGAAAUUCUUUUCAGUUCUUUAAGAUGAAUUAUUUCUUUUCAUGAAAUUAUUUCCAUAUUAAGAUUGAAAAAAAUGGAAGAAUCUCAAACUGAUUUGCUUAAAUUCAUUAUUCAAUAUAAUGACGAAUCAGUACCGCAAAUUAUGGAUGGUUCAUCACAAUUAUCCAUUGGAAAAUUCAUUGAACAAUUGAAACAAUUGAUUAAUCUUCUGUUACAUUUUCGAUACAUGUCGAUAUAUAUGAAAAAACGUUUAGAUUCAACUAUCGAUAAUAAGUCGAUGAAACUAUCUAAUCAUCUUGUGAAAUCAUUGAUUAACGAAAUUAGUGAUGAUAUACAAUUGUGUUCGGAACAAUUCGUUCAGCUUAUUGAUUCUUCACCCCUUUUUGAUUUUGUUCGAAAACGAGAACAUUUUUAUUUAGAAAAUAUGGAUUCGUAUUAUUCAUUCAAAUGCGAUGAUCAUCAAAGCGGCAAUAAACUAACAAUUUUCAAUCAAGAUCAAGAUCAAAAUAUUCCGGUGGUCGAUGUUCUGAUUUCAAAUGAUAUUGGUAUUAAUCAGGAAUCCGAUUCUUCUAAUACUAUGAAUGAUGAUUCAGUAUCAAUAAUAGGUGACGAAUCGCAGCAACCAAAUAAUUUAUUGUAUGCGAGUUUUUUGGAUGGUUUUUUGCCUACGGCUGAUAAUCAACAUUCGCAACAACAUCAAAAGUCAUUUGAUGCAAUCAGCGAUCCAUAUUCUGCUGAAACGCAACAGCAGUCGACCAAGGAUCUUUCACAGACACAAGCAGCUAAACGUCCUAUUGAAGAUAGUGAUAAACUUCAAUCAAAACGUGCGCGAUCAUUAGCCAUAGAACAUGAAGAUGAUCAAUCGACCGGAUCGAUUGUACCAACCACCGAUUUGUUACUCGUAGAAUUUCAUUGUCAAUUCGAAGGAUGUCGAUAUAGAUCAAAGUCAUUAUCCCAAGUUAAAGACCAUGAACACCGUCGUCAUGUUCAACAAGUUCAGCCAUGUCAAUAUGAAGGAUGUAAGGCUGUGUUCAAUGGAAAAGAAGAACUUGAUUCACAUAUGUCGAAUGAACAUUUGAAUUUGAAACUUCAAUGUGAAAUUGAUGGUUGUGAACAAUUGUUUCCAAAUGUUUCGCGAUUGCGGCAACAUAUUAAAGAAGAACAUCGAACGUCAACAAUUUGUAGCAAUCCAGUUGGUAAAACAGAUAAUUUUACCUGCCGUAAUUGUGGCAAAGAUUUCGCAAGACGCAAAUAUCUUCAUAAACAUAUUAAACGGAUGCAUGAUGAAGCAGCAAAAGCAUCGAAGGAAAAAUCCACAUCAAAAAGUAAAAAGCCAAAAUCUGUUGAAAAGGAUCCUCCCAAUUCAUCAACCUCUAUCAUGAAUGACGAUAAUGAUGAUGAUACUAUUGAAAUUGGUGACAAUAAUUGUGCCGGUGAAAAGCAAGAAGUUUUAGCUAAUUCUAAGAAAAAAUCAACACCAAUCUUUGAAUGUUUAAACCAAUCUUGUAAUGAAACAUUUAAAGAAAAAUCAAAAUUAAAUCAACAUGUUCGAGAAAAACAUAGGACCGAAUAUUUAACAUGCAAAUUUUGCGAUAAAGUUUGUCCUACACGAAAUAACCUCACCAAUCACAUAUGGAUUAUGCAUGAAGAAGGUGAAUACCGAUGCCCAUUUGAUGAUUGUGAUUUUAUAUCGAAAUUUCGUAAAAAUUUACUGAAUCAUAAAAAACUACGUCAUCAACGGCAUCGUAAAUGUCCUAUUUGUGGUGAAUUGGUAAUUGCUACACGUUUUCACCGCCAUACAAGUAGCUUACAUAAAAUUAAAAAUUAUAUUUGUUCUUGGCCUGAUUGUGGUAAAGCAUUUGCUGAUAAUUCAGCCUUAAAGAAUCAUGUACGAAUACAUUUGAAUUUUAAACGUUUCAAAUGUAAAUGGCCUGAAUGUGGUUAUGCAUCUGAACAACGUUUUACCGUUAUUACACACAUUCGUGUAUGUCAUUUCAAAUUGCCUCGAACAAAAAAGAAACAAAUGGAAUUGAACAUAGUACAGGAUGAACAAACACAGAAUCCAUAUGAUUACCUUGAAUCAUGCCGUGAAGAUAUUUGCAUCUAAAAUUGAAAUUGUUUUCAUUUAUUUAAUUAUUUUUUUCCGAAUUAUGCAAAAAUAAAAAAUUGAUCUUUU